GGAGAAAGUCAGCAGAGAUUACAGCAGUGAGAAGGAGAUCAAGACAAAGGAGUUACUGCAUGUUUUCCUGUGGAGAUAGAGACUGAACCGGCUAAAUAUUAAAUCAACAUGAUUGUUCUCAUCUGGGCAACUUUACUUCUCUCUGUGAGAGGCAGCAGUGCUGAAACUGCUGAAAAACAACACUGUAACUCUUAUGGAUACUGUGUCACUCUCACUGAGGGAGAACUAACAGCAGAAGCUGGACUCUGUGUUGUGAUUCCGUGUUCUUUCACCACUGCUUAUGGCUUUAGACCCAGAACUAUAGUUUGGUACAAAUGUGAGCCAUCUAAACAACAAUGUGAUGAUUCUGAGAUGAUAUUUCACCCGAACAAGAACAACCAAAACGUUCAGUCUGGAUUCAGACGAAGAGUGUCGCUGUUGGAGCCUGAUGUGAGGCAAAACAACUGUAGCAUCAUAAUAAAUAACCUCAGUGACUCUGACAGUGGAUCAUAUCAGCUCAGAGUUAACGGUUAUUGGUAUGGGAGCCCAGAUGGGUAUACAUUCCUUCCACGAGCAACAGUCUCUGUUAAAGGUCUCACUCAGAAACCCUCAGUGAUGAUUCCUCCACUAACAGAGGGAAAGUUAACCACAUUGGCCUGCACUGCUCCUGGUCUCUGCUCUGGAUCUCGGCCUAAAAUCUCCUGGACGUGGACAGAAGGGAAUGAUUCUUACAUUACAAGAAAUAUCACUGCUGUCAAGACUGAGAGUCUGACUGCUGUGACAAAGAGACACAGCUCAUCUCUGACCAUUAGUCCUUCUGCUGAACAUCACGGUACCAAUAUCACCUGUAAGGUCAGCUUUAAAGGUGGCCCAACUACAGAGGAGACUUUGACUUUGAAUGUAAACUAUGUGAAGGACAUUCAAAUCACCACGGACACAAGCGUGAAGGAGGGUGAGAGUCUGAAUCUGACCUGCAGUGUUGAAAGUUUCCCUCCGUCAGUUAUAAUGUGGACAAAAUUUACGGAGGAAAAAAUGCAAAAUGGAACAGAAACUAAUCUGCAGAACAACACUUUAACUGAGCUGCAGAACGACACUGAAACCUACCUGCAGGAAACAAGUGGAAUGAGCUCGUUUACCAUCUCUAAUGUGACAGUAGAAGAUUCUGGUCAGUACAUCUGCACAGCAAAACAUCUGAACAACACCCUGAAGGAAAAAGUCAAUGUAACCGUGACAUAUAAAAGGAAACCUGCGAUCACAGGGGAUACAACAGUUAAGGCAGGAGAUGCUCUGAAUCUGACCUGCAGCGUAGAAAGCUUCCCUCCAUCUCUUGUUAUGUGGCGUAAACUUCCAACCCCACAAAACACAAGUUCCAACACACAACUGGACAGUGGAACAGAUGCUGACCUGCACAGCAGCACUGGAUCAGCCACACUUAUCAUCCCCAAUGUGACAGCGGAAGAUUCAGGACAGUACGUCUGUAUAACAAAGCACCUGGAUACGACUGUGACUGCAUACACUGAUGUGACUGUGAUUUGGGUUUCAAUGAUACAAAAAAGCUCUGGAUGCGUGGUUGAGUCUGAAGUCCUGACAUGUGUGUGCAAAAGUGAGGGGUUUCCUUUACCAGCCAUCCAAUGGCCACUGCUGAAGAAGUACACCGACUACUCUGUCAAUACCACUGUGUCAAAUCACACAGUCAGCAGCACCCUAAUUGUUAAAAACCUCGGUAGCACUGCUGUGGUAUGUGUCAGCAGCAACGACAAUGUGCAAGCAACGGAAAACCUCCCCAUCCAAAAAAGGUCACCUGAACCACACAAUCAAUCAAAAGAGGUGUUAGGAAUUAUUACAAGGCUUGAAAUCAUCAUUGCCUUUUUGAGUGGGAUACUUCUUUCAGCCGUCAUUUGCUGCUUGGUCCAAAAAUGCCACAGAAAAAACCUGAAGGGAUCUGGAAAUUUGGAUGAGACUCUGGAGAUGGUGACCAGUCAAGAUGAUCCCAUGAUAAGUGAUGGCCCACCAGUACAAGACGAUUACACCUACACCCAAGAAGGAGCUGAGAAUGGAGCUGUGGCAGCAGAGAAAGCAGCACCUGAACACAACAGCGGGCCCAAAGAUGUGGAGUAUGCCAGCAUUAAUUUCUCCCUGUUGAGAAGAAAGAGUCCCAGGGGGGCAGCAAGGAACCAAGAGAGCACUGAGACAGAGUAUGCUGAAAUUAAAACAGAAGCAAAUAAGGAAAUGGAAGAUGAUGAUGGGGAAAAGGGUGAAAUGUUAGCGGACAAAGAGGAGGAGGCGGUGAUGGAGGAAGAUGAGGAGGCAAAGCCUUGUGUGGCAGAAGAGGAGAAGGAGGAAGAGGAGGAAGUGUACUCCAAUGUGAAGGAUUUAAUGGAUGAGAUUUAUCUGAGUCAAAAGCCCACCAUGGAGAUUCCUGCACUGACAGAGGGACAGCAGGCCACACUGACCUGCACUGCUCCUGGUCUCUGCUCUGGAUCUCGUCCUAAUAUCACCUGGAUGUGGAGAGAAGCAGGAGGGAAGGAAACUUACUUCCCAGGAAACUUCACUUUCACAAUUGGGAAUCUGACUGCUGGGACGAGACACAGCUCAACUCUGAUCUUUACCUCUUCAUCUAAACACCACAACACCAGUAUCACCUGUAAGAUGGAUGUUGGUCCAGCAGCAGACUAUGAUGUAAUCCGUGUCCAAGAUGCAGCUGAGGGAGGAGCUGAGUCCUCUGGGCUGUCAGCGCCUGAUGGUGACAUGAGACCAAAAGAGGUGGAGUACUCCAACAUCGAUUUCUCUGUGAUGAAAAGGAGGAAUCCCGCAGGGGCUGAGGAGACACAGGAUACAACAGAGACAGAGUACGCUGAAAUUAAGAAGGAUACAAUGAAGGAGAGACCAGACAACGGUGGAGAGGACGGUGAAGUGUUGGAGGGCAAUGAGGAGGAGAAGGUGGUGAUGAUAGGGGAGGAUGAGGAGGCAAAGCAGGGCAUGCCAGCUGAGGAGGACGGAGUCAAGGAGACAAAACAAGCAGGGAAAACGUGUGUCCUGUUGGGAGAGAGACUGAGUCUUAUUCAUUCACUCAGAAUGUUUGUUCUCAUCUGGGUGACUCUGAUCUUCACAGUGAGGAGCAACAGUGCCAACUCAGAUGUGAGUAAGAAGCCGUCAGUCAUGAUUCCUCCCCUGACAGAGGGGCAACAGGCCACAGUGACCUGCACUGCAGCCAGUCUCUGCUCUGGAUCUGAGCCUAACAUCACCUGGAUGUGGAGAGGAAUAGAACCAAACAGCUCUUACAGCACAGAAAACAUCACAGCCAGUCAGGGACCAAACUCAACUUUGACAUUUAAACCUUCAGCCAAACACCACAACACCACGAUCACCUGUACGGUCAGCUGUACAGGUAACAAGACUACAGAGGAGGAGGAGACGGUGACUCUGAAUGUGAACUAUGUGAAGAAACCUGAAAUCACUGGACAGACAACAGUUAAGGAGGGUGAUGCUCUUAAUCUGACCUGCACUGUUGACAGUUUCCCUGCAUCUGUCAUCACAUGGACUAAACACGGUGUGAACAAAAGCCUGAUCAAUGAAACCGGACCUGGCUUGAUUAACGACACUGGAACAUCCACUCUUGUCAUUCAGAAUGUGACAGCAGAAGAUUCUGGACAGUAUUUCUGUACGGCAAAACAUCCAAACACCCAAACGCAAGACGUUAACAUAACUGUGAUGUAUGAGAAGAAACCUGAAAUCACUGGAGAUACCACUGUUGAAGAGGGUCAGGUUCUGAAUCUGACCUGCACUGCUGACAGUUUGCCUCCUGCUCUUAUCACCUGGACCAAACAUGGAGCCAACACAACCCUGAACAACGGCACUGGAGCUGCCACACUCCUCAUUUAUAAUAUGACACCAGAACAUGCUGGGCAGUUCAUCUGCACUGCCGAAAAUAUGAACAACAGCUUCAUAGAAAAAGUUGAUAUCACAGUAAAGGUGCUGCCAAAGAUCCUGAAUGGUUCUAGAUGUGAGGUUCAGUCGGAGGUCUUGACCUGUGUGUGCAUCAGUCAGGGGUUUCCUUUACCUACCAUUAAAUGGCCACUGUUGGAGAACCUCACUGAGUACUCUGUCACUACCACCGUGUCAAACCACACAAUCACCAGCAAAGUCAUCCUCUCUGUGGAAGGCAGCAGUGGCACUUCUGCUGAUUGUGUCAGCCGCAAUAAAAAUGGAGAAAUAAAAGGGAACCUCAUUGUAAACAAAGCAGCAGAAGAAGGUCAGAACAUGAAAUUGUUCAGAAUUGUUACACAACUGGAAACUAUCAUCACAUUUUUGAUUGGCACAGUAUUUUCAGCAAGCAUCUCCUGUUUGGUGUGGAUAUGCUGCAGAAAUAAAAAACAGAGGAAUCGUGGAAAUCAAGCUGGGACACUGGAGAUGGUGAUGAAUCAGGAGGACCCAUUGAUGAAUGCUGGUCGAGCAGUGGAAGAGGAGCAGAUCCAGGACCAAGAGACGCUGGAAGGAGCAGAAGCUACAGCUGCUGCUGCAGGGAAAGCGGAUGUAGACUACUCCAAUAUUGACUUUUCCCUGUUAAAAAGAAAAAAUCCAGCAGAGGCAGAAGCUACAGAGACGGAGUACGCUGAGAUCAAGAAAGAAGCAGCAGAGGAGGGACCAGAUGGAGAGGGCAAAGAGGAGGAGGAGCUUCUAGGUGAGGAUGAGGAGACAAAACACUGUGGACCAGAAGAGAAGGACAGCGAGGAUGUGGCAGUGUAUUCUAAUGUUCAGGACAUACUGGGCCAGAUGUAAAAAAAAAAAAGUUGAAGUUCAUCUGCUGGAGGAUGGUUAUUUCUGUAAAUUGCUCUGAUGUAAAAUCUUCUUAUUUUGUGUGUGAAUGUCACGUGUGCCGUUUCUGCCAUGGCAACUGUUGUUUUUAUUAGUUUUAAAAGCCAAACUUAGCUUUGAGUAUAGCAAAAGUGACCAAGAAACUUCUCAAUGUUUACAAGUUGCUUGGUGAAUCAACUUAGAAGUGACCACUGUACAGCAGUUUAUAAGCAGCACAUAUUACAUAAUGUAUAAAUCAUAUGUAGUCCAUAUAAUCCUUGUGAACUUUGUGAGAACACAAAGUAUUCAAAAUGCAAAAAAAGUGUAUAAAACAAGUAAAAAAAAUAA